GUUUAAGAUAGGAUUGGUGCUGGAUGGCUGGUUGUUCCCUCUUAAAGAGGAAAUUUUUAACCCAACUCAACCAAUUGUUUUUAUUAAUACAGAGAGUUUCCUGAACCGGAACAAUAUUAGUAAAAUGAGAGAAUUUCUAACUCAUCCUGAGGACCGAAGAAUGGUUUUUAUCAAGGGAUCUGUUCAUCAAAAUCAUAUAGAUGCACCACUAAUCUUCAAAUCUGUCGCUGUAAAGAAGAUUAUUGGAAUGCACUCUGAGACGGAUGCAGGCGUAGUUCUAGAUAUUAACAACAAACUCAUGAUUCACUUUAUAGCAAGUCGGUUGAACCUUGGAAUAGAUCCGUCAUUAGAACUCUUCCUCACUCAUCAUGAAUCUGUCAUCAUUGAGGCAACUGACAAGGAAACAGAUGUCGAGAAAACUGCAACUGCAGAUCAAUGAUCACACGAAACAUUCCUGGAUCGUUUUCAUACAACAAGACAGAAUUUAUACUUAAUUUACAAAAUUUUGUAAAA